UCUCCCCCCCUCUCUGUUUUUUUUUCUAGUGUUUCCGUAUUUAUUGUGACAUCUGUGUGGCAUUUGAAUGUAAUUUUCAGUGUAAGGAAUGGUUUAAUGUGCGUAUGUUGCAGAAUUUCAAUGUGGACCUAUGUCAGUAUAGCUACAACAUUGGAAGGUGAAAUUGUGUCAGUCAAGCUCAUCUUGUAUUCUUCUGCUGUCUGCUACAUGCGAACAAUGAGUAUAUUUCAGAUUAUUCCUCUAUGAAUUCUGGAUGAAGAAUAUAUUUUAUCAGGGGCAUACCCUCAUAAAGAGGUUGUCACUCCCAUUUACUGUAGUUUGUACAACAACAUAAAUACAGUGUUUGGUAGUAGCACAGAAAUAAACAAAAUGAUGGUUUUGUUUGAUUCUUUGAUUCAAUUAAACUGCAGUUUCAUAGGAAUUGGAGUAGAAACAAUUUGACAUUUAGACCCGCAUUAACUGCAGCAAGAUGAAUGUCUUUCUUUCUCUCACUUUCUCUCGCUUGCUCUCUCUCUCACACACACACACACACACACACACACACACACACACACACACACACACACACACACACACACACACAGGAUUGUAAGUAUGGGAGCAUAGGCCCAGGCCCACAUGCCGCCUUCCAACAGAACACAGCCAGUCACUCUGUAUGUAUGGCAACUAUUCACCGAGUUGAGCUGGUUUUCCGUUUUUGCUUGUGUGCUGGACAAUGAGGCUUUGAUCCCUGGCAGGCAUUCAACCUAGAUUUUGAUCCAUGGAGAAUGCCUACAGUAUGGUUAGAAACAGAACUCACUAUAAUGGGAAAGCUGCUGUUAGUCAAAGCAAAGGCCUUAUUACAUUUACAUUUAAGUCAUUUAGCAGACGCUCUUAUCCAGAGCGACUUACAAAUUGGUAUGGUUAGUUAAUAAAAGCUUGUCUACAUCAUGAUGAUGAUAUAAAACAUUUGUUGUUGUUGUUGUUGUUGUAUGCUACAAGCUAGCGGUUCACUCCAGCUGACCCCCAUACUCCUGUUUGUGGUGUCAAUGGCUGGAUCCAAACACUCCAGUGACAUUGGUGAUCCUUUCCUCCAUUUGUAUCACUUUGCAGGUUGCAAUAUUUCAUCAAGACAACAAAAGGGUGAGGCACUUUCAAGGCGGAGAGAUCGAGGAAACUGAUAAAGCACCAUUGGUCUUUAGCACAACAGAUCAUGGAGCACAGCCCUCCACACUUCCUCCAGCAGAAGGGCUAAGAGAAGCUUCCAGGCAGUGCUGACUGACCGCUCUGCUCCCCCCAUGGCCAACAACAGCAGUCCAGACCAGGGCCAGAGCCAGGGUCAGGGCCCCAUAGCCAACAGCAGUUCAGCGCAGCCUCUGGGCCAGGCCGGGGCUGUAGUGGCCUCCUCCACCCAGCCUGAUGUGGUGGUCUACUGCAAGCUGUGCCUUAGUGAGCACCCCUCAGCAGCAACCAGCACGCUGCACACCUGUGACUGUGUCUUCUGCACCCCGUGUCUGCAGCAGUAUGUUCAGCUGGCCAUCCAGGAGGGUGGGGGCAGCCCAGUCACAUGUCCAGACAUGGCUUGUCUGAGGACAGGAGUCCUACUCCACUCAGAGAUAGCCUGUUUUGCUUCUGCGGAUCAGGUCGAGCUGUACCAGCGGCUGGAGUUUGAACGAGGGGUGCAGCUGGACCCUAGUAGAGCAUGGUGCCCGGUGCUGGAGUGCCAGGCUGUCUGCAGCGUUGGGCCCAGCUCAGAGGGCCAGCCUACGUCCGUUCCCUGUCCAGCCUGCCACACCGUCUUCUGCUCUGGCUGUAGAGGGCCCUGGCAGGACGGGCACGCCUGCCCCGAGCACCAGCCUAUGACAUCAUCAUCUGCCUCAGAGAGCAGCCUUCAUGCUAGGGGCCGGUCAUGCAGUGACUCUGAUCUGCCCAUCAAGCAGUGCCCCAUGUGUGGUGUGUACAUCGAGAGGAACCAAGGCUGUGCCCAGAUGCUGUGUAAGAGCUGCAAACACACCUUCUGUUGGUACUGUCUGCAGAACCUGGAUGGUGAUAUAUUUCUGAGGCACUAUGAUAAGGGGCCAUGCAGGAACAAGCUGGGCCACUCCCGAGCCUCCGUCAUGUGGAACAGAACACAGGUGGUGGGCAUCCUGGUUGGUGUCAGUGUCAUCGUGCUGGUGGCCUCUCCUCUCCUCCUGCUGGCUUCACCCUGCGUCCUGUGCUGCCUGUGCAAGCCCUUCCGAGGCAAAAAGAAGAAGAGGAGGAAGAAGAAAGAGCUCACACAGAUAGACAUACAGCCAGAACUCAGUCCCACCAAGUCAUAAAGAAAGACUGCUCCUUAUUCUCACCACGGUCUGGGAAUGGAUCCAUUGUCAAUUCAGGAACUCAUUUUAAUUAAUUAAUGAAAACACUUAAUUGAAAAGAAUGGGGUAAUUUCCAAAUCAUUGCAUUUUAAAUAAUGUUAUUGAAUUGACAGAAUUGAAAACUGACUAGUACCCAGAUUCCCAACAUCUCACACACACAUACAGUACAGGACCACUGUCUACCACCUUCAUGUGCCAAAUGUCACGAUGCCAAACCAGUCUUGUUACAGUAGGUGCACAAGUGCCUCCAUCCUACAGUGCCUGGUAUUUGUUUUGCCUUCCAUUAUAUUAUGCAAAAAUGUGUGUUGUUUAUGAAAAGGACGACUGUAUGUAACAUAGGAAAAAAUCCGUAACCAAUGCAAAACAUUGUUUCAUAAUGUGCUGUGGAAACUGCAUUGUGCACUGUAUUGGAUACUGGGAGAAAAAUGUGUACAUCCAAAAUGGCACCCUAUUCCCUACAUAGUAUGCUACUUUUGACCAGUCCCUGGAAUAGGGUGCCAUUUUGGAAUACCCAAUGAUAUAGGGCUUCAAAGGUGCACAUAGAAAUAUUUUCUGUUGCUGACAGAUAGUUUCCACCUGGAAUUCCAGACCAAAUUUCUGUUGGAUUCUAUAUACUACUACUACUACUACUAUAAUGUAUGUAAAUAUGUAUUUAUGGAAUUGUGUAUAUGGUGGGUCCUGUCUUUACUACUUUUUUCGUUGAUGUUUCUGCAUCAGAUUUUUUGUAAAAGAUCCAUUGUAAUUGAAAUAAACAUCAGAUCUUGAACAUG